AUGUCGACCCCAUUCAGCCCCGAGCAGAUCACUCAUAUACUAAUAAUCGCAAUUGUGAUGGUUCAUUACAUUCGCUUUUUGAGCACGCCCCAGGUCGCUGUCACGUCGAGGAAGUCGAUCGCUAUAUCAGCGCCUCUGGCUGUAACAACCGACCUCGGUGACACGUACCUGCAUCAAGAUGUCAGUCUACUCGUUCGACUUAUCGAUGUCAAGGCUGCUGCGGUGAUUGCUGAGCAGAGGGUCUUAUGCAAAGGUAGCUCACGAGCGCUAAAGACCUCGCUGGAAUGCAAUGGCAAGUAUCUUGGGCGGGCAGUAUGUGUACAUGUGACCACUUUGGAGACCCAGCGCAGCAUACAGGCCAGAGAGAUACCACAGAUUCUGGAUGUCUGGAGCCAUGACUUCACGCUCACAGACAAGGAGCGAUCGGAACCACUGGUAGUGCGGAAGGUGUCCCCAGGAACUGGACAGGUCUUGUGUAUCUGGGAAGAGACUGGCGAUUCUAUUGCGCGUCAUGUAUGGGACGCCAGCCUGGGCUUUCUCAUAUAUCUUCAGCAGGCUCUUGAGGAACGAAUCAAUCCUGGACCAAAGAUGCUGAAGACUUUACUGUCUCGCAACAAACGGCUGCAGAUUCUGGAGCUCGGGACUGGAUGCGGAACAGUUGGCAUUGCUUUCGCACAGCAGUUCAACUGCCAUGUCACGCUCACAGACCUAGACGAUGCCAUGGACAUUCUGGAGACUAAUGUCAAGCAGGCGUCGCCAGCGACACAGACCAAGUUGACGAAGGCUACUCUGGACUGGGGAGAGGACGUCGAGGCUAGUCUGCAGCAAUCCUACGAUAUCAUCUUACUCUCGGACUGUAUCUACAAUCCGGACAGUAGCGUGGCUCUGGUCAGGACCCUUCUGGACAUUGCCACAUCUGCACCGCAAGCCUGA